AUGGCACAGCACGACGCGCCCGCCCAGGGCAAACUUUGGGGCGGCCGCUUCACCGGCGGUACCGACCCCGUCAUGACUCAAUACAACGAGUCCAUCUACUUCGAUCGCGCCUUCUACUCACACGACAUUCGUGGAAGCAUUGCAUUUGCACGCGCGAACCAGAAAACAGGACUGCUGACAGAGCACGAAUUCUCUGAAAUUGAGCGCGGUUUCAUGGAAGUUCUUCGAGAAUGGGACGAGAAUAAGUUUGUCAUUCACCCAGGCGUCGAUGAGGAUAUUCACACUGCUAAUGAGAGGCGCUUGGGUGAGAUUGUUGGCAAGGACAUUGCAGGCAAGUUGCAUACUGGCCGAAGCAGGAACGACCAGGUGGCAACUGAUAUGAGGUUGUGGUUGAGGCAUCAGCUGGAGAACCUGGAAAGUUACCUCAUCGCAUUCUUGACGGUCAUCGCGGCGCGAGCUGAGAAGGAAAUCGAGCACGUCAUGCCAGGCUACACACAUCUCCAACGCGCACAGCCGAUCCGCUGGAGCCACUGGAUGCUCCUCUACGGCUCUUUCUUCGCCUCAGAUCUCGAGAGACUGCGAGAAGUACGCAAGAGAAUCAACAAAUCACCACUCGGAUGCGGCGCCCUAGCAGGCAACCCUUUCAGCAUCGAUCGCGACGCAAUCGCGCAGGAACUUGGCUUCGACGGCUUGAUCAUGAACUCCAUGGCUGGAGUGGGCGAUCGCGACUUCGUCAUUGAGACAAUGCAGUGGGGAACUAUGCUCAUGACACAUCUCUCCCGCUGGGCAGAAGAUCUCAUCAUUUACAGCACUGGCGAGUUCGGCUUCGUCAAGCUGUCAGACACAUACUCUACUGGAUCAUCGCUCAUGCCGCAGAAGAAGAACCCAGAUUCACUUGAGCUCAUCCGUGGCAAAUCUGGCCGUGCUUUUGGACACAUGACGGGUCUCAUGAUGUCUGUCAAGGGUAUUCCAUCGACGUACAACAAGGAUCUACAGGAGUCUGUUGAGCCACUGCUGGAUCACAUCAAGACUGUCGGCGACAGCGUACAGAUUGCCACGGGUGUCCUCUCGACACUGUCAAUCUUCCCCGAGAACAUGAAGAAGUCCCUGUCUCCGGAUAUGCUCGCCACCGACCUUGCAGACUACCUCGUUCGAAAGGGCGUACCUUUCCGCGAAACGCAUCACAUUUCAGGCCAAGUAGUCCAACUCUCUGAAAACGAGAACGUUCCAAUGGAUACGCUAACCUUCGAGCAACUCCAAAGCGUCGACUCUCGAUUUGAAAAAGACGUUCUAGAAGUUUUCGACUACCAAAAGAGCGUAGAAAUGCGAAGCGCAUCAGGCGGUACCAGUCGCUCCGCGGUACUGGAGCAGAUCGAAGCCAUCAAGAAGACUCUCGGGGCGUCUUAG